UUCUUACCCUUAUUAAUAAGUAUUUUGCUUUUUUUCCCGGAAAAAAAUGGAGAAUAUUGAAGAAGUUCCAAAUGAACAGGACUUGGAAACAUGGGAGGAAAAAGAAUUAUAUAUGAUUGAGAUGUUACAUAGUUUAACGCUUAAAGUAAAGGUCAAGAAGAUGGAGGGUAAGCUUUAUAGAAAACGGGAGCUCGAAUUACAAAAUUAUUUAUCAAAUACACCAUGCGAGGAUUUGUCUCAGUGUGAAUGGCAAUUGUCUUUAUUAAAGUUGAUGAAACUUCGUCAGAAGAAUGAUCAAAUUUUUCAGGAGAUUAAGUGGUAUCAAGGUCAGAUAGAUACAUGGAAAGCUGAAUUAUCGGAUAUGAGACUUCAUAAAUUGAAAUCUCGAGGUUUUAUGCAAUGGCUUAAACAACUGUCUGGUAAAUCUCCGUUUAUGUGUAGAAAAUACCGUUCACAGACAGAGCUUCCUGGAAUUACGGGGAUUUGAUUGUUUUUUGCAUUGUUUUUUUUUUGGAAAUUUAUAUUCUUU